AGACAAGGUAGGGGCCGCACCGCUGGGACUAACAAGCUAAUGGCGGGUAAUACGAGGAUAAAAUAACCGCUAAUUAGCCCCGAUUUUCCUGUCGUGGUCGAUCUCGUCCCCUUUUCUUCCAUUUCAGUCUCCUUUUCGUUCUCGCAAAGCACGGCGCGACCGCUCUCUUGGUGAGACAGCGCUUCGCCCGCAAACAUACGAGGACUUCGCUUGCCAGACCAUAAGACAGAGGCUAUGAGGGAUUGAUUACAAUCGACGUCUUUCGAUCGGGGAGCUCAAGAGUCACGACCAUGACGUCCGUCCGCACGAACCUAGGCCCGUUGACAACGCCCUUCACCUACCCGGCAUCAUGCACCGUCGUCAUCAAGGGAUGCGCCACAUGCGACAAUGGCUUCCAAGCGCAGACAUGCUCGGACAACGCCUUCAAUACCCAGGGCAUCCAGGACGACCUUGAAUGCUGGCCGCCCCGGUCGGGCUCGAGCAUCUCGUCUGGUGUGGCCGUCGAUGGCUGGGGAUUCUACUCUCCAGGCAUCGACUGCCCGGUCGGCUACUCGACCGCAUGCGCCGCGACCGCCGGCGUUGCUGGUGGCUUUCCCUUCCAAUUCCCGCUGUUGCCGAGCGAGACGGCGGCGGGGUGCUGUCCAACCGGCUACAACUGCCGGUACGAGCCCGGCAUCGACAGGGCACAAACCUGCUACGCGAUUAUCACGAAGGGGUCCUUCCCGACGGUCCAAUGCUCCUCCGGAACAAGCAACAUGUUCUCCUUCCUGUCCAUACCCGCCACCAUCACCACCACCAACUCAGAGGCGGUCGAAGUCACGGUGCUAUCGCGCGUCAGCGUGCUGGCGCCCCUCUUCCAGCUCAACUGGCAAAAAACCGACCUCCCGAGCUCCACGACCCCGACCAACAACGCCGCCACGACCGUCCCCACCCCAUCGUCAACACCCACACACCCCCCACAAGAAACCAACCCACCCGCCGCCGGGCUAUCCAAAGGAGCAGCAGCCGGCAUCGGCGUGGGCGUGGGCAUCGCGGGUCUGGUGCUGAUCGUCGCUCUGGUGUGGUUUGUGCGCCGGCGAGUGCGGAAGCGUCCCAGCGUCAUGGCGCCGAUGUCACCGGUGGAGCCGAUGCCGCAGCCGCCGGUGGGCCACGGCUACGUCUUCGGCUACGGCCACCACGCCGGCGGCAAGGACGGCGUGUCGUCGUCGGCGAGUCCGUCCCCCGUAGGGAAUGUCGCGGAGCUGGGGACGGGGUAUGUGGCUGAGCUGCCGGUGCCGUCGGGGAAUAUUGGCUCUAGGAUAUAAUUAUGUUGGGGACUGGCCGAGGAUGGCGCUUUUGUGUUGGACUUGUUGGUGUUGGAGUCUUGGGGGUUGCCGCUUUUGGCA